UUUCAGCUAAGAAUUAGAAAAUAUAUCAUUAGUGUUCCAAAGCCGUGUGUUUUGCAAAUUAGCUUUUACAUUAAACCAAGGGCAGACAACUCUAACUUCCCAUGUCUUGUAAACAUUGUAAACUCGAGCUUUGCAGCAGACUGACAUGAAACACCUCUCGGAUUGAUGUUUGCUGUGUGAAAUAUUGACGCAAUGUCUAAUACAGGAGCUAAUAGGGUAAAUCAGGGACUUAAUUCAAAGAUUACUGAGCAGAAGGUUCUACAAGACGAGUUGAAAUCAAUCAGGAAAGGAGCUAGGGUGUACAAACAACAGCAGAACAGCAGCAUCUUUUUUCUGUCUUCAGCUGACAGAGAAAUGGCUCAGUCAAAAAAGACCAUGGACAGUCUGGGUAAAGAGUACAAGGACAUGGAGAGACUAAGUGGUGGGGGGCAGGAUGGGGGAAGGUGACCAUGAUGGAAGAAGGUGACCAUGAUGCUCUGGGAGAUGGGAGAUCGGGGGAACUGAUGAUGUCAUCAAUGAACUUGGAUUUUCCUUAUCGAGACAUGUAACUCAAAUAUCAACAAAACAGUAUGCAAGAAAGAGUUUGGUGCUGUUUGAGAAGAUCCGGGUUAAAAUUGGUCUUCAGCAACCCAUGCUUGCCAUAAGGGCGACUGACUAUGCUUGUUGUAAAAGGCGACUAACGGGAUCAGGUGGUCAGGCUUGCUGACCUGGUUGAUGCACGUCAUCGUAUCCCAAUUGUGUGGAUCAAUGCUCAUGAUAUCAAUCACUGGAUUGUCUGAUCCAGACUCGAUUAUUUACAGACCGCCAUCAUCUGACUGAAAUAUUGCCGAGUGCUGCGUUAAACAACAAACAAACAAACAAAUCCUUCUGCAAGAUAGUUUGGCGCUGUUUGAGUAGUGACUGGAUGAGUCGUUCUUUAAGUGAGUGCCAAUCUUUAACGUGUUUAAUGUACUCUUUGCAAUAGUGUGAGUGAUGCAUGUAUUUGUGUUAUAUCAUGUAUAUGGAAAGAAUGGUAUAUGUGUCAUGUUGCCAUGGUUACAUGUGUUGUGCGGUGCUCAAUCAUUUGCUCUAUCAAACCUCUACUUACCCCCAGUGUCACAUGAAAGAAAUGUGUCAGUUCAGAAGUUACCAAGACUCAUUUGGGUGAAAUAGGCUUGGGCCACACAUCCAUGAUCUGACCCAUGGGAACUCUGGAUUAGAAUAUAGAUCCCAGCCACCUAUGCUUGGUGUUAAAGGCGACUCCAUGGAUUGGGUGGACAUUCCCGGCGACCUGGUUGAUUGCAUGUUAUCAUAUCCCAAUUGAGGUGUUAUAAAUCUCUGGAUUGUCUGGUCCAGCUUCAAUCGUUUACAGGUUGUCUUAUAGCUGGAAUAUUGCCGAGUGCUGCGUUAAACAACAAACAUACAAAACAAACUUCAUGAAUGAUAUAUUUUCAGAUUAGUAAUUUGUUUCUUUUCUCGUUUUUAAUGUAAGUUCUAUGAAUCAUUCCAAACUAAUAAUUGGGAAGCAAUGAUGCUCAUGAUGUCAAUCACUUGACUGUCUGGUCCUGGAAUA